CCACUUAGACAUUGCCAUUAGAGAGUUUAAUCCUCAUCUAGUGGUCUACAAUGCUGGGACAGACAUUCUGGAGUAUGAUCCGUUGGGCAGUUUGUGUAUAACUCCAAAGGGUGUUAUGGAGCGAGACCGACUGGUGUUUGAGAAGUGCAAGUUACUCAGGAUCCCGAUUUUUAUGUUGACCAGCGGUGGUUACUUGCCAGAGUCAGCGAAAGUGGUUUCAGACUCGAUUUUAAAUUUGUGGAGACAGGGCCUCAUCUCACAUGAAGUUUCCGCAGAAAAUCAGGGUGAGGUCAGAAAUAUCAUAACUUCAAUUUUUUUCUUCCCAGAACAUAACAGUUCUUAUGCAUUUUUUGCUUUUUUAAUAUUCUGCAUAACUCAGCAAUUAAAUGCUCCAAAACUGUGCAUUUAUAUGCUCCCCAACUCUUUUAUAUAUAUUUAUAUACUUUACAACUCUUUGCAUAUCGGUAUGCUUUAUAAUUCUGUGCAUGUUAAUAUGCUUUACAACUCUAUUCAUGUUAACUUGCUUCACAACCCUGUACAUUUCAAUAUGUUUUGCAGCUCUGUUCAUGUUAACCUGUUCAACAACCCUAUGCAUGUUAACAUGCUGUGCAACUCUGUCCAUGUUAACCUAUUCAACAGUCCUGUUCAUGUUAACCUGUUCAACAGUCCUGUUCAUGUUAACCUGUUCAACAGUCCUGUUUGUGUUAACCUGUUCAACAGUCCUGUUUGUGUUAACCUGUUCAACAGUCCUGUUCAUGUUAACCUGUUCAACAAUCCUGUUUGUGUUAACCUGUUCAACAGUCCUGUUCAUGUUAACCUGUUCAACAAUCCUGUUAAUGUUAACCUGUUCAACAGUCCUGUUCAUGUUAACCUGUUCAACAGUUCUGUUCAUGUUAACCUAUUCAACAGUCGUGUUCAUGUCAACCUAUUCAACAGUCCUGUUCAUGUUAAUAUGCUUGACAACUAUGUGCAAUGUUUCCUUAGCUCCUGUAGUUUUCAAUCCUUUAUACCCUAUUGUUUUUAUAUAAUUUUGCAUAUUUUGUGUUGUGCAUAUUUUUGA